CUUGCAAAACCGGAUGUUUAAACUGAGUUUUCUUAAUGUCAUUUACUCCAACGGAUAACCAAGCAUGCACCAAAUCUUAUACCCUUGCAUUCAUCCCGGCACCAUGGAAGGGGAAAUGACAUGACAAUGUACCAAGUUCCAUAACUUCGAUGUAUUCAUUUGUGCAGGAACGGGUUAAGGCUCCUCGAUUUUGCAGCAUCGACAGAACAGCACCGAGCAGAUAUGGCUACAUUGCAAACGUAUGUGUUGCGAAAUCAGCUCGUCGUCAGGGCAUUGCAAGCAACAUGUUGUACUAUGCUGUUGCAUCAGCAAAAACUAAUGGUGUGGAACAAGUAUUCGUUCACGUGGACAGAAAUAACACAACUGCACAGAAUUUGUACCAAAAGAUAGGCUUUGAGGAACAACUAUUCUUGCUUCGUCUACAGACAUAAAUACUCUGCAUUAUUUUGUUUCUGAACAACUGUAAAGUUCAAACGGCUGUACCUCCUCUCUCUCCGCACUUGUUGGGAGGUAUAGCGCUAUAGUCUGUAUUGUAAUUUAGGUUUUCAUUUCUUUUUUCUCCAUUGUAAAGGAAAAUGGUUUGUCAGUCUGUAUUCUUCCUGAAUCAAGUUUCAGAAAGACCAAACAAGUGUAUGCUUUCACAGGUUCAAGAAAGCAACGAGUGUCACGCUCGGGAUGAAUCUCCAGAGAAGAACAAAAACAUAUAUUGCAACCCCAAUAGUAAUCAGAACCCUAGUGCUUA